AUGAACUCCUCUACUGCUCCGUUUCCGGUGACUGCAGGGCUGCUCUCCAUAACUGUCAAAGAGCCGUUUGACUCCGCCUUCACCAAGAACUUCAUUGUGGUGGUGCUGGGCUGUUCCAUUAACUACAUCAACAGCGUGCUCGUGUUCACGUUUUUCAAACACCACGAGUUCAGGAACAACCCCAGGUACAUGCUGUACAUACACCUGGUGUGCAACGACAUCCUGCAGCUCUCCGUUUCGGUCAUCCUGCACGUGGCUGUCUACACCUGGCCACAGAUGAACGCUUCUCUCUGUGCGGCCCUGCUGCUGAUCGCCAGCUUCACCUCCAUGAACACCCCUCUGAACCUGGCCGGCAUGGCGGUCGAGCGCCAUAUUGCCAUCUGCAACCCGCUGCGCCACACGCAGAUCUGCACCGUGCGCAGAACCUACAUCCUCAUCACGCUCAUCUGGGGCGUGGGGGCCAUUCCGGGGCUGGCCGACCUCGUCCUCGCCUUACUCUAUAAGCCCCUGACCUUCUUCCACACCAAUCUCAUGUGUUAUAUUGAGGCCGUUUUUAACUCUCCCCAAACGGCAGUUAAGAAUAAUGUGAGUCUACCACUGUACAUGUCCUUCGUGUGGCUGACGCUGAUCUACACUUACCUCAGAGUCCUCCUGACAGCCAAAUCCGCCAGCACCGACCCGGUUUCGGCCCGAAAGGCUCGGAACACCAUCCUGCUCCACGGGGCCCAGCUGCUGCUCUGCAUGCUGGCCUACAUCUCCCCCACCGUGAAUGUGGAAUUGCUGUCCCUUUUCCCAAAGUAUCGCUCGCAUGUGCUGUUUAUGACAUACCUGAUAUCACACAUCAUGCCCAGAGUUUUGAGCCCAUUGAUCUACGGCAUCAGAGAUGAGAAGUUUUGGAAACACCUGAAAGACUACUGGCUAUGUGCAGACCAUAGAAGAAAGGUCACUCCUGAGGCAUUCAUGACAAAAAAAUAG